GGAUAAGUGCUUAUAUUUAGCUCUCUCUACAUCCUUUCAAACAUCUACCAUUUGUUUCAUAACUGAUUGUUUCGUAGAUAGUAGUAAAUACUAAAUACAAAUCUCUGGUAACUUGUAAAUGGCUUUGUCGAAUAUUCAUUUCAUUCAUAUUGUAUUUAUAUUCAUUUUUCUAAAUCUUGCUUCGCACCCAGUGCUUUGUAACGAUUCUGUAUGGUCUGCAUGGUCCGGAUGUGAAACGCCGUGCCCGUGGAAAUGGUGCAGAAACACACUUUGUAUAGGAGCCAGAACAAGGAGCAAAACUUGCACUAACUAUGAAUCAGAUACCGAAGGUAGAAACUGUACUGGGGCUUAUAAAGAAAAUGUUUUCUGUUUGUUAAAUGAUUGUCCGGUGAAAGGAGAGUGGAGUGACUGGACGAGCUGGUAUGCCUGUAGUGUGACGUGUGGAACCGGUUAUCGACAACGAAUCAGGUUCUGUUCAGAUCAGGAAACCGUCUGCCGAGGAAGUAACUUUGAAAAGGUUUUCUGUGAUGCGGAACUUGUGUGUUUGGAUGAGGGUUUCUUUAGCCCGUGGAGUGAAUGGGGCUUGUGUUCGCAGCCGUGUGAAGGGAUUAGAGAAAGACGGAGAACUUGUGCAGAACCAUUGUUGUCUGGCAAACACUGUUCGGAAAAUUUGGAGGAAACUGUAAAGUGUAGUAAAACAACUGUAAAGGUAAUGGUGGAUCCAGUGUCUCUUCACCCUGUCCGGAAGGAUUGUAUAGGUGCCCGGAUGGCUCCUGUAAAUCCAGUCAAUAUGACUGUUAAUUUUACCAUGCUGGAUUGAUAUAUUUCUAUGUACCGGGAAGGAUCAAUUUCAUUAUUGUGUUAUGAAAGUGCAUACUUUAGUCAAAUGUAAAGAAAUAUUUUCAUUCAUCAUCAAUGUCCAUUAUUUUCAUUGCAACAUUAUCUUUAUCAUUUGUUAUAUUUUUAUAUUUACGGCCAAUUCUAUAUCAUGCAAGGUGAAGAUAACGAACAGUGAUCAAUCUCAUAACUCCUACAAGCAAUACAAAAUAGAUAGUUGGGCAAACACGGACCCCUGGACACACCAGAGGUGGGAUCAGGUGCCUAGGAGGAGUAAGCAUCCCCUGUUGACCGGUCACACCCGCCGUGAGCCCCAUAUCCUGAUCAGGUAAACGGAGUUAUCCGCAGUCAAAAUCAGUGUGCCAAGAACGGCUUAACAAUCGGUAUGAAACACGUCAGACAGCAUUUGACCCAAUGAUAGGUUGUAUUGACGAACUAGAUCGUUAUAACGACCAUAGAAUUUGCGAAAUGCUGACUUCAAUCGAGACUGUUGAAAUCCCUGUACCAUCAACUUGUUUGUCAGUAGCUUACCUCGAUUUAAAAACUGACUAUACCCAGAACAAGCUCUUGCAUAUCGAAUCAGUUGAGAUAUAUAAACACCAUAUGCAGGUGAUAAUGGAAUAUUGCUACAUAAAUGUGGGAAGUUGACGAUGAAGAAGCUGAAAUCAUCCCGUUUGUCAUACAGUUGAGUUGUUAGUUUGCCGUUAAUGUCUACUUUCAAUAAAAUAUCUAAGUAUGAAGCAGAAGUGGACGACUCUGUGGUGUCCUUUAUUUCGAGCUCACAGGGAUAUAUCAAAUCAACAUAUGAAUGAAAGCUAUCAUUGGUAAUAGACAAAACGUCAUCGAUAUAUCUAAAUAUCAUAAAAUCCAUCAAUUUUAGGAUUAUUUGUGUAUUAUUAUGAUUUAAUUGUUUGGUAUACAAUCAGUCUGAGUGUUUGAUUUAUUAUUUACUACGAUGUUACACUAUGCCAUGUGUUUUCCAUAUUUCUUGUCAAUGCGUUUUUCUUAUUAACAAUUUAGAUGCAUUAAGUAAAAGGCAGAAAUUUUUAUUUUUCUAUAUCACGUAUUUCAUAAUUGAAUGAUUAAUAUUUUCUUCAUAUUUUGUGAUUAUUUGAAUGAAAGGCGAAGAUAAAGAACAAUGAUCAAUCUCAUAACUCCUAUAAGAAAUACAAAAUAGAUAGUUAGGCAAACACCAACCCCUGGACACACCAGAGGUAGGAUCAGGUGCGUAGGAGGAGUAAACAUCCCCUGUCAACCGGUCACACCCACCGUGAGCCCUAUAUCCUGAUCAGGUAAACAGAGUUAUCCGUAGUCAAAAUCAGUGUGCCAAGAACGGCCUAACAAUCGGUAUGAAACACGUCAGACAGCAUUUGACCCAAUGAUAGGUUGUAUUGACGAACUAGAACGUUAUAACGACCAUAGAAUUGCGAAAUGCUGAUUUCAAACGAGACUGUUGAAACUCUUGUACCAUCAACUUGUUUGUCAGUAGCUUGCCUUCAUUUAAAAACUACAAAAAUAUGGGAAGUCGACGGUGGAGAAGCUGGCAUACAGUUGAAUUGUCAGUUUGCCUUAAUAUCUACUUUCAAUAAAAUAUCUAAGUGUGAAGCAGAAGUGGACUACUCUGUGGUGUGUUUUAUUUCGAGCUCGCAAGGAUAUAUCGAAUCGACAUAUGAAAGAAAGUUAUUAUUGUUGAUAGAUUGUAUUUAAAUGUCGAAUUGAAGGCCACAGUAAGAGAUUUUUUCUUCUCACGUAGAAGUUUUUGAAUAAAUUCUGCUUCAUAUGAAUAUACAAGCAGGUCAGUUAACAAAGGAGCACAAUUCGUGUCUAUGGGAAUUCCAACAGACUGUUGCAAGAACUAAUCACCAAAGACCACGAAGAUAUUGUCAAUGAAGAACUCUAGCAUAUAAAUUUCAACUUCAGAGUACUUGUGCGUAGAAUCAGAGUGGUGUUUAAUAAAGUACUUUUUUGAAUGACUGAUCACUAGAUAUGAAUAUUUCCGUUUUUCAUGUUUGUUGAAGAAGCAACUGUCCAUGACGUCAAAAAAGUCUACUGUUUAAUUUAUCGUGAUGAAUGGUUUUGUAAAGUGUUGAAAAGUCA